AUGUUCUCAGAUAUACCCACUCCUACUUACAAUCAAACGGCUUUCCGCAGCCAAGGAGAGCCUCCAGACGAAUUCAAUGCGCAACAUGACACCGGACUCACCUCCAUCCAGCAAAGCUACGAACAAUCCUUUAACAAUGCUGAAUAUCCUAAUAACGAUGAAACGAACUCUCCUUCCAUGAAUCAAAUGCUCACGCCCUCCACUGAAUCUCCACGCUCUGUCAAGGCGAAAAGACGAGAAAGCUCGAUGUUUCUCAUGGAGCUAAACCAACAAGCUGCACACAAUCGUGCAUGA